AUGGGAGAGCCUGGAGGGGAAUGCAGUGGCUCUGACGAAAUUGUUAAAGUGGAUUCGACGGAGAUUAAAAGCAGGUAAACUAUUGGUAUUUUCAUAAAGUGCAUGGACAUUUUUUUGGUUUUGCACAGUGCAUCUUGAACUUUUUCCUUGUCGCCAAUGCACAGUGCAGUUUGAACUUUUUCGCACCAUGCAAACCUCAAAAAAGUUACUGCUCCAAAAUUCUUCAGCAAAACCGCGGCAACGCAGUUAAACUUGCUUUUGUCGCAGCGAUAUUUCACCGCACAGUGCAAAAAAACAACAUGAAAUGCACGGUGCAAGGUCGGGGGUUUCUUGUGCACCGUGCAGAGCGUGACAACAUUUUUUCGCUUUUGCACAGUGCAUUUCCAACUUUUUUCCCUCGCUUGUCGCUAACGCACAGUGCAUUUUGAAUUUUUACGCUGUAGAUGAAACUUGCUUGAGUCGCAGCGAUAUUUUAUCGCGCAAAAACCAGGAAAAAAGUGAAAUGCACGGUACAAAAUGGCGGUCCUUUUAUGCACCGUGAUGACCGCGACAAAUGUCCAUGCACUUUAUGAAAAUAUUAAUACAAAACGACCGCUCAGUCUAACUGUCUUCUAGAGGUCUGGAAACAUCAUCAUCACACAAACAUCAUGGAGCUUGCUGCCUAUCAGACCAACAAAGAAAGUUGGGGCUGAAGAAGAAGCCGCACUGUAUUUGUGGCAAGCAUGAAGACAGUGAGGAGAGCCUGGAAACGACCUCAGCGGAAUAUAAAGUAGGACGAAUUGAGAGCGGAAGUGACUCGAGUGAAACUUUCGAAACGAGUUCGUAUGAGGAAUACAGAAAAGUGUCGUAAGUUGGAUUCGGUCCGAACGGUGCACCUGACGAAUUGUGCACCUGGCUGAACGGGGCACCUGGGUGAAUAGUGCACCUGGCUGAACGGUGCACCUGACAUUUUCUUGUUUGAACAGUGCACCUAGGCGAAUGGUGCACCUUGAAAAAAAGUUUUUUUGUGCAUUAUUGAAGAAAAUUUGAAAGGUUUUCGUUUCGGGACAACGAAAAAGGAUUUUUUUUGGAAAUUUUUUUUUAAAAUUUGAAAGGUUUUCGCUUCGGGACAGGGAAAAAGGAUUUUUUUGGAAAUUUUUUAAAAAAUUUGAAAGGUUUUCGUCUCGGGACCACGAAAAAGGGUUUUUUUGUAAAAUUUUUUAAAAUUUUGAAAGGUUUUCGCUUCGUGACAGGGAAAAAGGAUUUUUUUGGAAAAUUUUAAUAAAAUUUGAAAGGUUUUCGCUUCGAGACAGGGAAAAAGGAAUUUUUGUGUAUAAUUGAAAAGAAUUUGAAAAGUUUUCGCUUCGGAAAAGGAAAAAAAACCAUUUUUUCUUUGUGAAAAGGUAAAUAUGACAAUGGAGAUCAAAGCAAGCUUUUUGACUGAUUUUUUUGUGUGUGAAAAGAUAAAUAUGACAAGGGGGGAUCAAGGUAAGCCGUUUUUAUCAUUUUUUUCAUUGUGAAAAACUAAAUAUGACAAGGGGAGAUCAAGGUAAGCUUUUUUUGACAAUUUUUUUGUUUGUAAAAAGAUAAAUGAGGGGCAGCAUAAUGAAUGGAAUGCCAUCUUAAGCUCAAGUACAACGCUCAACAAAUUCAUUGAGUUAAUAGCGCGUGAUCUUGAAAAGCAGGGACUAAACAUCCUUCCAAUCUUGACAAAUCAGGCAAUGCCAAAACGUCGGGCCUCUGAUGUAGCCAGAGAUGAGAUCAUAACUCGUGGAUCCGAAAAAAUUAUUGAAGAGAUUGCAAGGAGCGUCGUGUUUCCCAUGGAGAAAGUAAAACGGUAAGAAACGAAAGAACUACACUUACAUCUGAUUAUUUUUAGGUUUGCUAGGUUCUGUUCGUAUUUUUGUGGCGCACCGGCAACAUCCCUAUUGGAAUAACAUUUUUUUCACAGACGAAAAAUUAGUCAGAACAAGUUGCCUUGAUCUCCCCUUUCAUCUCUAGCUUUUCACAAACAAAGAAAUCAGUAAAAACGGCUUACCUUGAUCCCCAUUUGUCAUAUAAAAAAAAUCCGUCAAAAGAAUUUUCCUUGAUCUACCCUUGCCAUAUUUAUCCCGAAGCGAAAACAUUUCAAAUUUUAUUAAAAUUUUCCAAAAAAAAUCAUUUUUCCCAGUCCCGAAGCGAAAACCUUUCAAAAUUUUACUAAAAUUUUCCAAAAAAAAUCCUUUUUCCCUGUCUCGAAGCGAAAACCUUUCAAUUUUUGUUCAAUUGUUCAUGAAAAAUCCUUUUUCCCAGUCCCGAAGCGAAAACCUUUCAAAAUUUUUAAAAAUUUUCCAAAAAAUCCUUUUUCCCUUCUCGAAGCGAAAACCUUUCAAAUUUUAUUAAAAUUUUCCAAAAAAAAUCCUUUUUCCCAGUCCCGAAGCGAAAACCUUUGAAAAUUUUACUAAAAUUUUCCUAAAAAAUCCUUUUUUCCAGUCCCGAAGCGAAAACCUUUCAAAAUUUUACUAAAAUUUUCCAAAAAAAAUCCUUUUUCCCUGUCUCGAAGCGAAGACCUUUCAAUUUUUGUUCAAUUGUUCAUGAAAAAUCCUUUUUCCCAGUCCCGAAGCGAAAACCUUUGAAAAUUUUACUAAAAUUUUCCUAAAAAAUCCUUUUUUCCAGUCCCGAAGCGAAAACCUUUCAAAAUUUUACUAAAAUUUUCCAAAAAAAAUCCUUUUUCCCUGUCUCGAAGCGAAGACCUUUCAAUUUUUGUUCAAUUGUUCAUGAAAAAUCCUUUUUCCCAGUCCCGAAGCGAAAACAUUUCAAAAUUUUACUAAAAUUUUCCAAAAAAUCCUUUUUCCCUGUCUCGAAGCGAAAACCUUUCAAAUUUUAUUAAAAUUUUCCAAAAAACUCCCUUUUCCCUGUCCCGAAGCGAAAACCUUUCAAAAUUUUUAAAAAUUUUCCAAAAAACUCCUUUUUCCCUGUCCCGAAGCGAAAACAUUUCAAAUUUUAUUAAAAUUUUCCAAAAAAAUCCUUUUUCCCAGUCCCGAAGUUCGCCCAGGUGCACUGUUCACCCAGGUGCACCGUUCGCCCAGGUGCACAGUUCAAAAUGUGUCAGGUGCACCGUUCGCUCAGGUGCCCCGUUCAGCCAGGUGCACUGUUUGUUUCAGGUGCACUGUUCGGACACAACCGUAAGUUGUCUCAGUUCUUGAUGAAAUUUAAUACAUACAGAUUAUUUUUUUUCUAAAAAUAUGCGAGACUCCCAGCUUGCGCUUUGCAGAAACUACCGAGAUUUUUAGAUCAAAAGUUGGAAAAAAUUGACACUUUUUUUUACAAAUUUUGAAAUCAGAAAUUUCAUACAGUUUACUAAUGUAACGGGUAGUAUCUUCACAAAAAAGCAAUUUUUUCCCUGGCAAAGAUACGGGCAAAAAGUGUUUUUUCUCUGACCGCACUCCGCGUUUCGCGUACUCUCUCGGUCGCAAAGAUCGUUCAAUACCUCGGCUGCGCUUGCAAAGUGCGAGCUAAAACUUUCAAGCAUUGAUACGUGAUUCAUGCCCGAAAUGUGUGCAAAAUUUAAAGAAAAUCUGAGCGCCGCACUCGGAGUACUCCGCUUGUGAAUUGACUAUUCAUUCUUUCAGUCAAAAAGAAAGUCAAGCUGACAUUUUGGACAAUGCAAACGCACGGAUAUCAUCGCAGAGAGGAGGUGAAUCAGACAGUGAGCCUGAAGAGUUUGAAGUGAGGUCGGAAGAAGGAUACGGGUUGCGUCGAAGUUAGAUCAUUAUGUUUUAUUAGUACAUAUAAUAUUUAAUAAUACAUUUUUUAAAACUACAUGGUUUCAAAUCCGAAACGCUUUAUCCACGCGGCCAACCGAAUAACUGGACACUCAUUUCCAAGGGAAGAGAAAAACGAAUUUUUUUGGAAUUUUUUGUCCGCCGGGCUUAUUCCGCAGCUGGAAAAUGCCUUUUUUUACAAAAAUCGACUUGCUCUAUUCACCUGGGGCCAAUGCGCUAAGGUUUGCUGAAAGUUAGCUGAAAAUGGUAGGGCGCAGCUCGGAAAACUUGCACGGGCGCGUUUCGCGUCCUGGGCGCAGCUCGAAAACAAGCUGAAACCUAGCUCCGGCGAGCUGCGAAAGCUUCUUCUCGAGCUGCCCCGAGAUGCGAGCUGCGCCCGUGCCAGUUUUCCGAGCUGCCCCUACCAUUAUCAGCUAACUUUCAGAUAGCGCAUUGGCCCCUGUACUUGACAUUUUCCCAAACGCCGGGGAAAAAUUGAGACCAUUCCCUCGUAAAAUGUCUCCGCCAAAAAAUGGCCUCUCCGCCGAGGCGGAAAAAACUUCUUUUGCGUAUUCAAAUGCGGCACAAUUUCUGAUUUUAUAAGCAAUUUUUAAAUUUAAAAAUUUCUUGGAUAUCUGCAAAGAGCACAACGAUAUUCGCGAUAUUUUUUGAUACACUCUGUAUUUUGCAUAAGUGAUCAACGAGUUGGAAAUGGAAGAAACAAGGACAUGGCCGUUGGUAUGCGUGGGUUUUUAUUGCUUUAUCAUAACAAUGCAGCAGUAAACAAGAAUCGUAAUAAAUUCUGAAUCAACAAAUUUUCGAUUUGUAAGUGAUGUUUGUGCUAAUUAUCACUCUAACAUCGAUAAUUAGGAUGGUAAAAAUCUUAAUAAUUAGCGUCGAAGCUAAAAUUAGAGCCAAGUUUGAAAUGUCCAAAAGGUCAACGACGAAUACCAUGUUUAGCAUAUGAAAGAUGGAAAGGGAACUUUACUAUCGCCCAUAAAAUUGAAACAACAUUGAUACGGAGAGGCCUCUUCGAUACCGGAUGAUUCAAUAACAUAGAGUUGAACAGUGUUCUUCCAUUAUCUAGUAGUUUUCUGCUACAACGGUCACCGCAAUCUACACAUUCACGGUCCCAAAGGGCAAAUGCGGAUAUCGCCGUGGCUGCGUCUUGCUGUAUUUCCGAUUGUGUUGUUCCCACUAUGUCACGCCUCCCUCUAUUAUCGCUAUGAGGAGGUGGAUCCGGAGGACUAUGAGGUGUUUCGAAGGCAUUAUUCCACAGACGAUUAUGCUUGGUUCCUCGAGCGAAUAAAUGAGCCGAACGUGCCGAAGGCGGCGAUUUUGAGGAAGUUGCGGCAUGAUAUCGCCAGGUCCAAUCGUGGACUCGCUGAAGUGAGUUAGCCUGUCGGCAUGGGCGUAGUUAGGGCACUUGAAGAAAAAAUUUCUCCGAGCUGCGCCCGAGCCGUUUUCAGCCUGUCGGGAAAAUAAUGAGCACUCUGUCGCUGCGCCGAUCGUGUCGUUGAAGUAAAAAGAUGAUUUUGUCUCGACACAAUUCAUUUUUCAAUUCAGCGAUGCGUUUUUCGAUGCAAAAGAGUGCUCAUUAUUUUCCCGACAGACGGAUACUUAUGAUUCAUUUUUUUCUAGCGUCUUUUUCAAACCCAAAUGUACCGCUGGAAAGCGUUUCAAAACAACGACCGACACAAUCCGGCGCUGCUCACCAUGUCGCAGGAAGCCCGAACAAUCAAACGGUUUUUAAUUGUAAGUUUUUGAUCGUAUUUACAAGGAAAGUAGCUCAAGUGCAACGUCCAGAUUUUCGUUAAAUUCUGGACAUACUUUGGGGAUAGGAUACAUAUCAAUUCCUGAAAAUUUUAACUCGUGCUUUGCAUGCACAGCCGAGAUAUUCAACGAUCAUUGCGGCCGAGAGAGUAUUCGAAAAGCGGAGAGUGGUCAGAGAAAACACUUUCUGGCCAUAACUUUACUAGUUUAGCUCCGGAAAAAAUAUUUUUUUUUGUGGAAACAUAUCUCUCUACGGUAGCAAAGGUCUUGUAAAAAACGGUACUCUGUUUACCAACUUGCACCCUAAAAAUCUCGGUCGUUUCUGCAAAGCGCUUUUUCGAAAUCUUGCAUGUCUCAUCGAAAGUAUUCACCCAAAUUUGUGGCAAGUUUCAUCAAAAUCUGAGCGUCGUACUUGGGGCACUUCCCCUGUUAAUUCAUUCAUGUCUCAUUUAGGACUUGGAAUACAAUCAACGCCUAUCAUGGCUGGAAACGUGCCGACUGCAGAACGAUCUUAUACUGGCACAACCUCAUCAAAUUCGAAAAGAACUUGGCGCUUCGUUGAACGCUUUCUGUGUUGUGGGUGGUAGACAGCUGGAAGGUUUGGCUAUUCCUUAUUGCGAUCCGAUUGCACCCGAAGAGGAGUAAGUCUCGUAGACAGUUCUUCUUACGUUUCCAGUCGCCGUGUUCAGGCUAAGGACUUAUGAAUCUCGGUGUCUCCAGAAAAUAUGUCACGAUGACAUCGCUUUAAUAUGUGCCAGUGGCAUAAAAAAUGGCUGUAUAUGGCUAGACUUAUUCUCUAGAGUGCUCAGAAAAUUUUUUUAACCUCAUAACAUUUGCAAUUCGCUAUUUGGAUGACGGAUUUUCUGGAUUUUUGUGCGACGAGAACCCGAAAUUUUUUGACGUGCUCUAUGGAGUACUGCAAGCAGAAUACAGUCAUUUUUAUAUCACAGGAAUAUCCUAAACCCGCGUCAUUGUGACAUAUUUUCUGGACAUACAAAGAUUUAUAGGUCACGAGCUGUCUGCCGGAAAAAUAAUAAGCGCAAUGCCGCUGCGUUGAUCGCAUCGCUGAAGUGAAAAACAAUUUGAUUUUUCUGCGAACCAAUUCAUUUUCCCGGCGGCGAUGCGAUUGCGACAAAGUGCUCAUUAUUUUCCCGACCGACUGAUAUAUCCCGGUCAUUUUUUCAGCGACUCCAACACACUUUACGGCCCCGCUGGUUCACAACCAGUCGAACGAACUUUGUUGGACGAGCGCUCGAUCGAGGAUGCGCAUUCCGAAGUGAACAAACAUAAGCAUCUCUCAAAGCUCGAGAUUGCCAAGCAACGAGAGUGGCUAGAAGAAUUGUCCAAAAAAUUGGAGGAGUCGCAUCAUAAGUCGAAGAAACAUCUGCAUCAGGAGACGAAUGAGGCCGAGAAACGGAUCGACGAGGAGUCAGAAGAGGACAAAGCCCACAAGGAGCGAAAUAAGGAGCUGUCAAGGGACGAGAUUGAAGUUCUGGGCGAUCUUUGCCACCGAUACAUCAAGAAAAGUCAUACGGAGAAGAAGUCGCACGAAGAGGAUGAUGAGUAUUCUCGAACAGAGUUGAAACAAGAGGAGAAUAGAAGGAAACACGUCCUCGACGACUUGAAAUUGGCAAACGAGGAUCACAGGAGAGCCGAAGAGGAGAGAAAAUUGCAGGAGACCGUUGACAAGGUCGAGAAGAAGCGGGACGAAGACGACUUUAAACAGAAACUCACCGACGACCAUCACGAUGAGCAUCACACGAUAAAAGAAGUGAAUCGUCCGUACAAAAACGCCGCGCGCUACGAUUUACCGUUCCUAGGUCCUGAUGAAAAUUCUGUAGAUCCCGGAAAAAGACUCGGGAGCUUAGACGAAGCCACAGCUCAACCGUAUUUAUUGCGUCGCGUGUCAACAAACCCUCAACCUUACGCAGGCGAGAUACGAACACAUGGAAUGCCUAGAAAAGGUGGGCAGAUAAAUCAACGGCAUAGACACAUCUUGGACCCUAAACAGGACGAGUUACUUACUCCAAGUGAGGCAACACAUCCCGAGGUGAACAAAAUCAACAAGCCACUAAGAGAUCGUCAUGAUCCUAGAGUCGUGGAGCGCCGUGACCCUAGACAUCAUGAUCUUAGAGUAGCAAGUAUGGAUUAUGUUAAUCUGAAACCUGAAGACCCCAAACAUUACAGUAGAAAACCAUCGUAUAAGUCUAUUUCGUCGGAACGCACAACAAGCCAUGAAUAUGAUGAUUUUGCAGUAAAACCACAUUCAAACCGCAAAAUUCAUCAUGACAGUCCAAAAAUUUAUCAGUCUUCUCCAAGCCAGCAAAAUUAUGAGGCAGCUCCUGGUUAUAGGGCUCGUAUACAUCAAGGAGACGCUUAUGGAAGACCACAACAUGUCACUCCAAAUUUAAGGGCUCCUCAAGGACAGACUCAACGUUCUACGGUCGUACAGCGGCCGGAACAGGAAUAUAAUGGCUAUUCGGCAAAUCAGUCUCCAUUCAAAGAGAUUUUGGAUAGUAGAGGUAAAAUCACAAGGCCUCCCGCGCGUCACAGCAACCAUCAGCCGAAAAUAUCUGAUCCACGAGUGAAAGCCACAAAGAUCAUCACGAAUCCCGAGCCAACGGCGGACAAGAAGAGUCAAUUUAGAUCUCUAAAUGUGAAGCGAGUUUUGCCUACGACGGAACGGCCAGACAAAAUAAGCCCUGGUCGGUCGGCUGGCAAGACUUUGAAAGCAGAUCCACGAAUUCACAAAGAUAUUAUACCUAGCCAAGAUUUUCCAGCCUCCAUAACAGACCGUUCAGUUCGUCCAGAAUUGCCAAGAGAGCAUCAAUUAAACCUGGUCAAUGGUCUUGAUCACACAGAACCGUAUCCUACUGCGCAGCACGUGAAACAAUCGCGGAAACCAGCUCAACGACGGCCGCCACACAAGCUGCAGCGUCCAAAAGAAAAAGAUACAGAGGACGUUUUCCCAAGCAAAUCGGAUAAAGGGAUAUCACAACCAAGAGCACAUCAAAGCCGCGUCGAGUAUCCAACAACGGAUCGAAAUGCAACGAAACGCCGGACAAAGAACCCACAGUUCUAUUCAAACGAGCACCGAGACCCGAGAGUUCAUGAGUACAGAAUAAACACCUCCGAGAAAACCCGACAUCAUCCACAGAAUGCGAGCCAGCCUUCGCCGAGCUUCAGCUUCAAGCAUGAUCCACGCGUAAAAACAUUUGAGAAACCAAUUAUGGAAGGGAAUACCGGAGAUUUGACAGGCACAACAGCUGGAAUCCACUCCCACCAUGCUAGCGAACGUCCACAGACUCUACUAAAUGCAGAGUCCAAGCAUGCCAGCCAACGUCCAAAGACUCUAAAUAUAGCGCCCAACCAUAACAAACGUCCAGCCAGUCUAUAUAGACGACCAAAGAUUGUCGCUGAUGACUUCCGCAUUUCUCAAUCAAAGCCGGCAGCAAACUCAGACAACAGGUUCAACCCAAGACCACCUAGUUUCAUUGAAAAAGAAACAAACACUUAUUCACCGGCUUUUAAGAACAAGGAGAACGAAAAAUCUCAUAAGUACCCUGGCCAGGGCCAUUCGGGAAAUAAAAAACCUGCGGUGAGUACUCCAGAAGACUACUAUUUUGGCUACUCAUCACCGCAGACUCCAGUUGAACUGCCACAUCACAAGAACGCCGGUCAUGGCGAUCCCUGGAAUACCGGGUAUUCGACAGUCCCGCUUACCGGACACACUGUGCAGCAAUUCGGAAAUACUGAAGGAAAUAAUGAAGCUGGCAGAAUUCAAAAGCUUCAACGUGAGUCUAUGCGUUAUAAACGACUUUACAAUAAAAUUUUAGCAUCUCAAACCGGUCAAGUUCAUCAGCAUGAGAAAGAUGAGGAAUUGUCACCAAAAUUAUAUACGUUACCAAACUUACUACAACAAAAGGCACCGACCACAGUACCAUUAAGCCAGUUGAACAUGGAGAAAACAGAAAAUACGAAGGCCCCGAAAUAUUUUGUUCGCCCGACGGCGAGUGAUGACCAAAGUACUGUGCUCGAAUCCCCGAGACAAAGGCCUGUGAAUGCAGCGGAACCAAAGCUCAGGUUCCGCGAGCUAGAAACUAGACCGAUACACAGAUCAAGACCGGCUGAAGUGAGGAGCGCUUCUGCUAUAAGCGAGAAGGAAUCAUCACUUCGUAUACCGAAAAAACAUGACCAAAGAAUAGAUGCUGGCAAGCCGAGCCACAAGAAAAUCGGACUGGAGGCGCGAGAUUCCCUCAAGCCCAAUCCUUUUACCGAAAUUUAUCAAAAUAUACCGACUACGAAAGAACAUGACCGUAUACUGACUACACCCAGAGAACAUUACCGUAUACCGACUAUAUCCAAAGAACAUGACCAAAGAAUAAAAAGUCGAAAGCCCAGCGACAGAAGAAUCGGACUGGAGGCGGGACAUUCCUUGAAACCCAAUCCUUAUACCAAAAUUGAUCGAAAUAGUCAUCAAGACCAGUUCAAAAAUGGAAAUCCAUCAAUUCAUCAACAAAGCAAGCCAACGAUUGGAGUAAUUCACCAUCAAAAAAAGCCAAAAAUCGAAGUGGUGGGUUCAGAGCAACACCAACCGCUCCACGGUCAUCUGACUGCAGACAGCGAAGAAGAAAGUCCCUUGAUUUAUCAUCCUUCAGUCCGAUUACCAAAUGGAAAACACCGAACUGACACUCGGCCACAAAAAGCACAGAGCGCUUCUGUUCAGCACUCUGCAUUGGACGUUCAGCCGCGCUCAUAUCAACAACAAUACAUCAAGCAUGACGCAGAUAUCGGUGAAGGGUCGAUUCCGGCCAGAAAACUUGCAACAAGGCAACACGUUAAACCCCAGGACGACGAUAUAUUUACUCUUGAGAAUUACAAUCACCCAUCAGCUGCAAAUCAACCGGAACAGCAGCAAGGAGACGGUUAUGGAAGACAACAGUAUAUCACUCCAAACGUAAGGGCUGCAAAAGGACAUAAUCAACAUUCGAACGUAGUACAGCACCCGGAAACCGAUUAUAAUGGCUAUUCGGCUUAUCAAGCACCAGUCAAGGUGGUUCUGGAUCGUAAGCCUGAAAUCGUUGCACCUCCACAGCAAAGUAAAAUUGUGGCGCAACAGACCAAUGACUUUGAUUAUCCGCCCUAUCAGACCCCAGUUUCAACAUCACAACCACAUGGACGGAGCCCACUCGCAUGGUCAAACAAAGGUGCUUAUGUACGGCGUCCAGACCACUGGACCUACGGUCGGCCGUAUGAAAGUCCGCUUGAAGGUCAGCGAUUCGAACACCGCAAGCCAAGAGUUAUUGGUGGCGGAUAUCAACAAGUAAAAACUGCAGUGAGUGCACCAAACAACGGUUAUUUUGGCUACUCAUCGCCGCAGACUGCAGUUGAAGUGCCACGUCAGAGAAACGCCGGUCAGGGCGAUUCGUGGAAUACCGGGUAUUCGACAGUCCCGCUUGCCGGACACACUGUGCAGCAAUUCGGAAAUAGUGGAGGAAAUAAUGAAAAUGGCAUAGCUCAGAAGCUUCAACGUGAGUCUAGAAGUACUAUAUAUUAGGCUGUCGGGGAAAUAAUGAGCAUUCAUUCGCAGCAAAAAUCGCAUGACCGAUGGAAAAAUUAAUUUUUCACAAGGAAAGUACUUUUAUGGGGGCUCCUACUUUUUGACGGGACAUGUCUCAAAAAAUCAGAAAAAAAAUGCUGAUCAAGGAUAUAUAAAUCUUAGCUGCCCAUUUUAGGUUUUUAGGGAUGAAAAUGCCGAAAAACUGGCUUAAUUUCCCUACAAAAGGUGCAGGCAUUCGAAACGAUAAAAAGCGCAGUCGGUCCCUUCCUUCGGAAGAGAGCGGUGUGGCCGAGUGGCUAGUGCCGUAGUUUGGGAAUCUAGAGGGAGGACGCCGCACGGGUUCGGUUUCCCCUUUGGGCUGAAUCAACUUUUUUGAAGUUGAAGGUCGGAAAAAUAAAUUUUUGGGCCAAGAAUGAUUUAUUACGUCUUAGAAACUCAAUAAACAUCAUUUUAAGCCAAAAUAAAAAUUGUAAACCUGUGAAAAAUUAAGCGAAAAGGGGUUCAUAAGGGCUUUAGGUCAACUUCCGAUUGAGUUUUCGCCCCUAAAAACCUAAAAUGGGCAGCUAAGAUUUAUAUAUCCUUGAUCAGCACAUUUUUUCUGAUUUUUUGAGACAUGUCCCGUCAAAAAGUAGGAGCCCCCAUAAAAGUACUUUCCUUGGCAAAUUAGUGUUUAGUUUUCACUUCAGCGACGGGAUUGCCGCAACGACAUUGCGCUCAUUAUUUUUCCGACAGAAUAGUUUAAAAAAACGAACAAACUUUCUGGACGACCUAAUAUCUUUACCAUCCAAUUUCUAGCCUCGCCAACUGGCCAACCAACAUCCUACGUUCAAGCAGAUCCGUCCUUGACACCAAUUGAAAAUCUGGAAUCCGGGAGAAUUAUUGUGCCGCUGGAGAUGACCGAAAAAUUCCCGUACGACGUUUACGGUUUGCCGAAACCUCCGCCAAAGCCGAAGGGAAGAAAGAAAGGCAAAUGGCUGUUUGUUCCAGAAUAA